AGCGCACCUCGCACAGGAAGCGACCAUUUCAUGGCUCCGAGGGGGGAGGACUCAGGACUGACUCCUAGCCGAGCGAAAGUGCAGCGACGCGGGGCGGAGAGGUGAGCGCCCCCACCCCUCUCCUCGGCUGCAGAAAGCCGAACGCGCCAGGCGGGAGAAAACCUGAUGGAAGGCGGCGUUCUUGCGUGCUGGCUAACGGCGUCGCGGAGCCCCGAGACAAUGGCGGCGCCGAGCGGCCCGCAGCGUUUUUGUUAGCGGGGUCCGAGCGGACGCCAGGCAGGCCUAGCUCGUCGCUAGCUCGGGCUGGACGAACUAGGUUCCCCGCCCCCCAGCGGACACCUAGCGGAGACCAACGCCAGUUUCGGCGCUUAUGUUGGACUAUUUAAAUGAAUUUUUCCCCCUCUUGGCAAACAUUUUAAGCACGCUGGAUGCUUGUUUGGAUGCUGUCUAUGGAAGCGACAACAACCUGAGAGCUGAACCGCCUCUCUGGAAACUCCGGAAACAAAAUCAACCUCGGACAAAGCAGACUUCCAGAAGAGUAUAGCGGGAAGAAGAUUGGUUGUCAUCUCCCACUUCAGUCCAUUCGACGGCACUCCUCAUGAGUGGAGCAAUCUGAGUCCUCGCCAGCAGAGCAAAUGAGACAUUGAGCGUUGAACAGCGUGGAUUUUUCUCCCCGAGGUUCUCGCGGGAAGCGCUGGGCCGUCGGGAGAUGUUCCAGUUCAGCAAGUACCCCAUGGAGAUCCUGGAGAUGCUGAGUGGACACCAGGCGCAUCAGUUCAAGGGACUGGGCUUGGACCGGCAGCUGAGCCACCAGCAGCAGGUCCAGCUUCAACACCAGCAGCAGCUCCAGCAGCAGCACCAGACCCCUGCCGACACGUCCGGUGGUCUGCUGUCUGGCCUGGGCCUGGGAAGCCUGCCCACCUCGCGCGGCAACGCCUUUGCGGAUUCGUCCUCCCUUUUCGCCAAAAUGAGCGCCCCGCCCCCGUCCAUCUCGCACCAGAGUCAGUCCACGUCGUCGUCUUCGUCCGUUCACGGCUCCAGAAAGUCCGGCAAAAUGAGCGGCGGAGGCGGGACGGGCGGCUCCUCGUCGGGUUACCCGCAGUUCCUUCGACCGUUCCACCCGGCCGAGGCGCUGGCGCAGGAGCAGCUGCACUCGGGAAUGGGGCGCUUUGACUUUGGAGGGGGCGGAGCCGGCGGCGGGGCCGGGGUCCUGCCCACGCCGCCCCCGCCGCUACACCCUGGACUGUCGGUGCCGCAGCCCUCCCCUGGCCCCUCGGCCUCCUCCUCGUCUACCUCCACCUCCGUCUCAGCGUCCGGGAACCCCCCCGGCGGUGCAACGGUCCCCCUGGUGGGUCAGUCAGACCCGCGCAGCCUCCACCAGCAGUUCAGCUGCAUGCUGGCCGCCAACCAGUACUUCCUAUCGGGGGUUCCCACCAACAGCAGCCUGGAGCAGUUCCUGGUCCAGCAGGGCACUCACAACCACUUGGGCUUGGGUCUGGGCCAGGGCGCGGCCGAGUCCAAUUCGUCUUUGGCCCCUCCCCCAACCCUGCACUCCUCCCACGGACAUUCGGCGCCACAAGCGCCUCAGCAGCAGCAGCAGCUGACCCCCCACGCCUUAUCUCACCCCCACAGUCACACGCACCAUCCUCACCCGCUGCACCCGGCCCCCCAACCUGCCCCCCUUGGGGGAUUCGAUUUUCAAAGCAUUCCGGUGCUGUCGUCCAAUCAGAUCGCUUCCCUCAUGCAACAGGAGGCGGGCCUCCCUUUGCCCCUCCCCCUCCACUUGUCCCUCCCCAAAGAUGAGGCCGCCAAGUCAGAAGGCUCGUCUAUGUCGCUGUCGGGCGGCGGUAGCAGGCGUAAAAAAGCCAUGGCGGGCUACCUCCCGCAGAGGAAGGCGGAAAGUCACGCACACGCCCCCUCGGGCGCUCAUCGCCACGGCUCUCCCGCCUCGGGCUUAGUGGGAGGGGCCUCCGGAGGCGUCGGGAUGAGCGAGCAGCACUCGUCUCUCCUCUCGUCUCCGUCCCAACACGCCUCGUCCUCCGCCGUCUCCUCUUCUUCCUCAUCCUCUUCUUCUUCCUCCUCCUCCUCCUUGUCGGCCCCGCCCUCCUCCACCUCCGCGCUGGUAGACGUCGACCAGCACUUGCCCAAAUCCCUAGAAAAGCGGGGCGCCGGUUCGUCAAGCCGACCCGAAACGGAGUCUCUUUACCACUGCGGAGAGUGCGGGAAAACCUUCACGCAUCUCUCCAGCUUGCGGCGGCACCUGCGCAGCCACGGCCUGACGCCCGAAGCCCACGGCAGAAAGUCAGACUGCGCCUCGCCGAGCCCCGAGCGGAUCUUCUGCUGCGGAGACUGCGGGAAACGGUUCAAAAAGCGAGGGCACCUGAUCCAACACAGCGUCACGCACUCUGAGAACCGGCCAUUCGUCUGCAACAUCUGUCAAAAGUCUUUCAACCGUCGCGAGUCGCUCACACGGCACGAGAAGAUCCACGACGAAAAGCCCUUCCGUUGCCCGGCGUGCGGUCGCUGCUUUCGCGAGAGCACCUCCCUCCUCAACCACGCCGCCUCGGGCGCUUGCGGGAAACCUCCGCGAAGUUCUAAAAACCGCACCGUUAGCUCUGCCAACCCAAGCGGCGCAGUGAAAAUGCGCCUUCCCAAUCAGAACUCUGUCGUUCCCGCCGAUAAAUACACCGGAGACUACGCGAGUAACCGCUACCCCGGGCAGGCUUCCUACGACGACGACUACCGCCGUUCACAGGCGUCGUCGCUCUACUCGCCGGACUCCGCCCUUUCUGGGGACUUGAGCAAUCAAACCCUUCGAAAGGCUCCUUUAGCGCCGACCCUUCACCCCCACCCGCAGAGUCAACAACAACAACAACAACAGCAGCACCACCAGCAGCAACCGCAUCUUCCUCUCUCCUCCCUAUUGGACGAUUCUGAGGACGAAGUCACCAGCAGCGCCAUGUCGGCUAUCGCGGCAGCAGCGGCGGCUUCGUGUGACAUUACCGCGGAAGGCAGGGAAGGAGAAAGAAGGGACAUCAUCGGGGGCUUGCUGGGCGGGUUGGGCUUCGGUAACCUCGGUGGACAGUCGACCUCGCCUAACAUCAACGGCUCCACUGUGCCGUUGUCGCACCACAGCCAGCCGCACGCCAAGCCCCGACGGCCGCGCAAACCGCGAGAAAAGCGAGACCCCAACUCGGCGGUCAGGCGGCGGCGGAGUCCGGCGCCCCCGGGCGACGGCUCGGAGCGGCCGUACGGGUGUCAGCUGUGCGGCAAACGCUUCCGGCGGGCCGAGACCCUGCGGCGGCAUAAUCGGGUCCACACGGGCGAGAAGCCGCACGCCUGCGACGUCUGCGGGAAAAUGUUCCGAGAACCCUUCCAUCUCACCAAACAUCUCACAGUGCACUCGGGGCAGAAGAACUACAAGUGUAACCUGUGCGGGAAAAUGUUCGCCUAUGCGCAGAGCCUCGUUAGACACGGCAAGCUGCACAGGAGAGGCGAGAUCGACAACCAGGGACGGAGAAUCAAAGGAGCCGCCGCAGCCGUGGCACGCGUCGCCAACCAGGAAAACUCUGACUUCUUCUCUUCUUGCUCCCAAGAAGAGAAGUCCCCCACGUCGGGGACUCCCUCGCAGCGGCUCUACACCUGUACGGUCUGCUGGAAAUCCUUCCGCCAUUAUUUCCACCUGACGGCGCAUCAGCAGACGGUGCACGGCGGCGGCGUGGGUCUGGAGAAAUCCUUUCGUUGCGAAGUCUGCGGCAAAUCCUUCGCCUACUCCAACAGCCUUGUGCGCCACAAGCUCUCGCAACAUGGCAUCGACCGCAACGGUCAGAGGGCAGUCCAGCAGCAGACGCCCGCGUACUCGCCCGCCUUCUACGACUCCGGCUACGGCGGCACGGCGCACCAGCAGCGAGCCCCGGAGCCGGCGACGCCGCAGCAGGACCCGCGAGACCCGUUUCUUUACCGACCCAAAAAGCAAGAAGGUGGCAGAAGACGACGCAAAAAGAAGCGACGGGUGGUGAUCCACAGUAUCAUGAGGGACGGCAAGCUGGUGGGCGUUCCGCUCAGCAAGGAGACGCGCAGGAAGUUGAUGCUGCUGAGGAAGAGACGGGGCCGGCUGUUGGCGCAGAUGAAUAAGAAGAAGCUCCUGGCGCAGCUGAGGGUACGCGGAGGAGCGGCGGCCGUCAGAUCCUGGUCCGGUGGAGCCGUCAAAGUCAGCGGCCUGCUGUCCAUGGACAUCCCCGUCAAGCGCUUCCCCUGCCCCGUCUGUCCCGGCGCCACUUUCGCAAGGAAGGGCUUCCUGCUGCUGCACCGUGGCGUCCGCCACCUGUCGGGGCGCCGCGCCCGCCUACGCUGCCCUGUGUGCGCCAAGCGCAGCACCAGCCUCUUCAAGGCCCUCCGGCACCGAGGUCGCCACCUCAAGCGCGACGCCUUCUGCUGCCACAAAUGCCGCCGGCGCUUCUGGAACCCGCGGCUCUUAGAGAGACACAAGUUCUCCUGCCGGGCGUCCGCUUCGGCGGGGCGCUGGGCCGACGGCGUGUCCUGGUCGCCGUCAUCGGACGUCGAGCGCUCGCCGGUCCGCCUACCUCUGCCGUCGCCGGUUCCGCACGAGAGGUCCUCGGUUCUCGCCGAUUACGCUCACUAAAAACUCAUUUGUUCGUUAGCUUAGUUUGUUGUCACUUUUUUUGUUUUGUUUGUCCCUAAAGAUCGGAGUACUGAGCGGCAACUUUUGAACAAAAGGGAGAAAAAGAGGAGGACUGAUGGGACUCCUUAGCUUCCAAAACCUUCUGCGAAGGUGCACGACCGCCGGGUCGUGUUAUGAAUUGAGUAGCAACUAUAACGGUUCCAAGCAGGUAGAUACUUGCAGUUUAACUCUUUGGCCGCCAUUGACGGCUGCGCUACAAUUUGUAGAUUAAUCCCAAAAUUUGACACGUUAAAUCUAUUGGCUACUUCAAAUAGUCGCAAAAUUAAUUUCAACCAAAUUAUAGCUCUCAUCCUUUGAACACAAAAAUCUUGGACAGAUUAAUCUAUUUUUUGUUUUGUUUUAGAAUUAAGAUUCAUCGCGGAAUAAGAUUAAUUGUACAAUUUGUUGUUAAUCUGUCGAGUUCUUUCAGUAAUUACAAGAUGACUUUUACAGACUAAUCAUUAACUCACUCACUGCUAGCCGUCGACCAAUACAGGAUUUUCAAAUGCCGGAGCCAAGACCGAUAUCUAAAAAUAUAUAAUGAAAUAAUAUAAAUAUCAAAUAAUUAAACCCACCGGGACAUUCUGAAGAAAUGUAAACAAGUGAGAGAAUUUAAGAGAAUGCUCGUCAUGCUAAAGCUAAUGCUAACAUGAAUGCUACGCUAACGCUACGAGUUACAUUUAGAGUGUAAGGAUCACUCAUUAAACGCCUUAAAAGGCUAAAUCAACAUUGCAAAUCUUACAAUAUUAAUAAACCAGGAAAACCUGAAGCUUCCUAUAGCAGCCUGCCUUCAAGCUGCUGCAGGGUCCUUCCGGUGUCCCACCGUCAGUCAGCGGCGGCCACAGUUGCCAACAUAGAUGCCUGAUCAAAAUCCUUUUUUUAUCGCCUUUAUUAUUAUUAUUAUUUUUGUUAUUCAGCAGAUGGUGCAUGUUGGAAAGUCCAUAUAUCGGUCUGCCGAUAUAUUGGUCGACGUCUACCCACUUCCAAUGAUCACGUUUCUGUGCCAUUGACAGCAAUAGAUGCAUAAUCCAUUAAAAUUAAAAGUCAUAGAUUAAUCUCCAAAUUCUCCCAUCUUUUAUGAAUACAUUCGUUGUCAAUGAUCAUAUUUCAAUGCCAAUGACGUCAGGAGACGUUAAACCCAUUUGGCCAUUUAGUCAUAGAUUAAUCGCAAAAUUCUUCAACAGAAAUUAUCAAAUUUACAACUAAUUGCAAAACUAUUCAACAGACUAAUCGUUAACUCAUUCGCCGCCAACCAUGACGUUUCAGUGCCAUUGACGGCAAUAGACGUCCGAUCCAUUUGGACCUCUGUCAAUGACAGCCAAUGAGUUAAAACAGAAGGCCAAAACACAGCAACUGACUGACAAACGGUUUGUGUAACAUGUAAACACUUGUGCGUCUGCUCGUGUACAUUUGUGUGUAUUUUUUUUAACAACCACUCGUUGCGCUCAUCCAAAUCCUCUCGACUUCCCAGCACAGUUCAGAUGCCUUAUUAUUAUUAUCAUUAUUUGUUGUCAUAUGUUGCGAAAAUGGGGAAAAAAGUGACGUGACUGAAAAGGAUUUUUUUUUUUUUUUAAAAGUGGACUUUUUAAACGAGCCUUCCAAACAGAUUCUGUAGAAAUAACCCGGAGUGUAUUGAUAUAAUUCCCGAUUCUAUUUUAUGAUAUAUUGCUGUUUUUUAAUCCCCUGGUAUCUUUUUCUUCUGUGUCGGUAUUGUGGGGGUCAGGGUUGGGGGGUGUCGAGGUGAGUGUCCACUUCCUGUUGUUUCUUCCGUGCGACACUUUUUGUAACUCAAGCGUGCACACUUAGUUUAGCUCCUGUUCACAUUGUUCUGGGUUUCAGUACAACUAAAACAUGUAAUAUUAUUGUUAUUAUGAGUAAAUAACUAUGAAUUUCUUUGCAUAAAAAGUGACUUGUCGAAAAUCCCGCAAAUACAAUUAAAAAACGGCAAAUUGAAGCGUUGUUUGUUUUUUUAGGGACAUUUCUAGAUGCGUCCAGUCCAUUUGGACUGGCAGUGUUGACCCGUAGAUUAAUCGGGAAAAAUAGAUUAUUGAAUUACUCAAUAAAUUAAAACUCCCAUUAUCGUAAUUUUCGGACUAUAAGGUGCAACCCACUAAAUUUGACACGGAAACGGCAUUUGUACAUAUGGGAUAUUUACACCAAAAGAUAUUAACCGGUAACACUUUAUUUGACGUCAUGAGACUGUCAUAAGACUGUCAAAUUUAUGACAUGACACUCAUGAGCAUUAAUGACUGCUUAUGCCAGAUAACAUUUAGUGUCAUUCGGCAGAUUAUCUUACUUUUGAAUGGAUGUAAAAGAUCCAAGCUGUACAUAAAUGGAGUUGGCGACAAAACUUGCUGGAUGACACUUAAUGGCAUCUUCCAUAAGCAUUCAUCAAUGCCCGUGACGGUGUCAUGUCAUUAUUAUGACUGUCUUACGACGCCGCUGUCAAAUAAAAUGUUAACUAUUCACCCAAAUAAGCUGCACUGGACUAUAAACUGCAGGAUU